GUGGCUUUGCGGAUGUGGGGACCAGCGGCAGGAGGAGGAAAAGGAGAGGGGAGUGUGACAGGCUGGCUUCCCCUCCUCACAUGGCGGGAGUGUCGGGAAAAUAUCAAUUUGUGUGGCCGCUGUUGUGGGUCUGCGUCCGUCUGUCCGAGACCAGUUACACCGGCGUCUCUCUGGACGAUGACGUCCUGCGGCCGUACGCCGGCGCCCACGGCCCCGGCCACUCCCACCGCCACGUCAGAGACUGCCAGCCCGCCGCCCACGGCAACCUCACCCACGAGAGCCUCCGCCCCCCCGCUGGCGGCGUCGGGCUGCCGGCGGCCGAGUCCACAGUGUUUGUGUCGGACGUGCCGAGGAGCUCCAGGCGGGUCUACGGUCACGUGACAGUCGUCCGCGACCCGCUGAGGACGCUGUCGGUGCUGGAGCCCGGCGGGCCGGGGGGCUGCGAGGCCAACCGGACGGCCACGGUGGAGCAGACGGCCGCUGGCGCCGGCUGCCUGUACGCCCAGAACGCCGGCUUCUUCGACACGGACUCGCACCGUUGCCUGGGCAACGUGGUGAGCGAUGGGCGGCCGGUGCGGGACAGCGGGGGGGUGCAGAACGCCCAGUUUGGCAUCAGGAGGGACGGCAGCUUGGUGUUCGGGUAUCUGUCCCAGGAGGACGUCUUGGACCGUUCCAACCCGUUUGUCCAGCUGGUCAGCGGCGUGGUGUGGCUGCUGAGGAACGGAGAGGUUUACAUCAACCAGAGCCUGCAGGCUGAGUGUGACGAGACUCAGGAGACGGGGUGGUUCCGUUACCCUUCGUGGAUGUCGUUGUCGGCGAGGUCUGGGGGUGGUUGUCACAACGCUGAGGGAGCAGUUGUUCCUCUUCUGCGUUCCGAUGGGACAAGACUGGAGUGCUUCACCUUGCUGUCUUUUCGCAGCAUGAACCUGUGGGAGGUGGCCGAGGCCCUGAAGGGCUACGGAGUCGUCAACGCCAUCAACCUGGACGGAGGCGGCUCCUCCACCUACGUGACCGGCGGCUCACUGGCCAGUUACCCCUCCGACCACUGUGAGUCGGACAGCAGGUGGCGCUGUGCUCGGCCCGUCUCCACCAUCUUGUGUGUUCACCGGCGGCGCUGCCGGCCAGAGGACUGCGGCCGCCGCCGCGUCUGUGCGGCCGAUGGUUGUGUCUGUGACGCUGGAUGGAGAGGAGAGAACUGUAGCUUAGAGUGCCUACCGGGUUUCUAUGGCGACGGCUGCAAUCAAACCUGCGCUUGUGUCAACGGCGCCGCAUGCGACCCUGUCCGCGGACGCUGCGCCUGCCCCCCCGGUUUCCACGGCGACACCUGCGAGCAUGCGUGUCCUCUGGGCUUCUUUGGCCCGUCCUGCGCCAACGAGUGUCGCUGUGACGACCAGUGCCCAUGUGACCCGCAGACGGGAAGCUGUAACGCCACGCUGCGAGGGGAGAGCAACCGCACUUUACACACAGCUGGACGUUGUUUGGCCAAACAGAUGUUUAUCCGUUGGAGACGAGACGAAGCAGCCCGCGGACCUCGUCUCACAGAACGUACCUGGCUCACCAUCACCUCCACCUUGGCCUCCCUGCUGCUGGCCAGCCUGCUGCUUCACCUCGUCCGUGGGUGCGGCGGUGCGGUGGCGGCGGCGGCUGCUCGCCGCCCCGGGCGCCGCGGGGACUACUCCUACGUCCCGCUGGUCAGCCUCAACGGAGCCACUCAGGACGACCCGGACUCUCAGGAGGAGAUCUGGUCCCCGGGGACGUCGUCGGGAAAGUCUCCCCCGAGGAGAGAAGGUCAGAUCUUUGCUGAUCAGAGAUGCGGGCGUCCGGACCUCCAGCAGGAAGAGCAGAACUCUGGUGCUUCUGGUUCCGCUGAGCUGGUCAAUCACCAAGAACCCUGGAAGGAUUUUCCUCCACACGCACCAUCAAAUGAAAAACAUUUAGUUGGUUUAUAAUGUAAUUAAGAUAAAUGUCUCAAAAGCCGCUGAGUCUGAAAUCCAGCGAUGAGACCAAAGGUCCAAAUGUUCUCAAUACAGCGUUGACUUGAACACAUCACGGCCAUCUCUUCCUUUAGUUCUCACGUUGCCACGGAAACGGGCGACCUUUGCUCAAAACAAACUGUUUUUUUUAGAUAUUCUAAUGCACAGAGCGCCAUCUGAAUGUAAAAUGAGGUUCAUACCGCAGAAAAUAAUAAAGAAGCACAAUUUUCUUGAAGAA